AUGGCGCCGAGUGCCAAACGCAUCAAGCUUGAUGAGGAUGCGAAGCUGCCGGACCUCCCGUAUCCCUUCGGACCCGGACCCGCGGUGCGCGUGGACGUCCCUGAGGAUGUCGUCAUCCCCCCGGUGACGGGUCGGGGUCGGGAGCUGCUGCGUCGGGCAACCUCGCAGUGGCAGUGGGACGCGUUCGAGUACGCCCUUCACGUGCAGACGUAUCCGCUGGCGACGCUGAUGAAGCACAUGCUGACGCACUCCGGCCUGAUGGACGAGUUCAAGCUGCGUUCGGUGCACGCGGAGAGGCGGCUCGAUCGCUUCCUGGUGGCCGUGGACAUGCACUAUCACAGACCGAUACGCAACCCCGCCGAAGAUCGGGGCGAGGAAGGAGGCGACGGGUUGCGGGUUGGAUAUCACAACGUCAUCCACGCCUGCGACGUCCUGCAGUCCACGUACGCGUACAUCCACCUGAGCGAUUUGAUCGUGGACCAGCCGUGCCCCAGGUUCCGGUACGAGAUGCUCUGGGCGGCGAUGGUUCACGACUUUGGGCACCCCGGCGUCGACAACGAUUUUUUGGUCAAGACUCGAUCCGCCGCCGCGGAGGCUUGCGAGGAGGCGCCUCUGGAGCACUACCACUCCCGCUUCGGCCAGGUGGUCAAGUGCGAGUUCGACGCGUUCGAUUACGCGACGGUCGUGGACGGGCGCGAGCCGGGCACGAGCCGGUACGUUCGCUGGGACGAGUUCGUGCCCGCGAUGGUGAUGGACACGGACAUGUCCAGGCACGGCGACAUCUUGCGGCGGGUGCUGCAGCCGGCCAAGGGAGCGUCGGGGUGGUCGCCCCCGAGCAGCGACGCGCGGUGGAAGGACCUCGUGAAUGAGGCGGUGAAGUGGAGCGCGUACUGCGAGGAGCGCAGGGUGGAGGACAGGAACCGGAGGACGGAGAAGGACCCGGUUCGGAUCGACGUCGGCGCGUCUGACGGGGUUGACGGCGUCAAAAACGGAGUCGCGGACGACCUCCUGGAGCGGGUCAGGCUGCUUGAGACGCUCGUGCUGAAAGCCGCCGACCUCGGCCACCUGGCGCGUCCCCUCGCGGUUCACAAACAGUGGGUGGAGGUUCUCUUCGAGGAGUUCUGGCGCCUCGGGGACAGGGAGCGCGAGGCGGGGCUGGACGUGAAACCCCUGCACGAUCGCGCGAGUUCGUCGCGUGUUAAGGUAGCCGAGAGCCAGGUUUGGUUCUUCAACGCGGUGGGUUUGCCGCUGUUCCAGGCGUUGGCGGAGGUGCUGCCCGCGGCGAGGUGCCAGCUGGAGGCUGUGCGGGAGAACUGCGCGUACUGGGAAGGGCGUGUGGAAGCGGAGAAGGCUGCGGAGAAGGUGAAGGAGGUGUCCACGACGAGUGGAGGGAGAAAUUAG